GGUCUUUUCUGCUUACAGACGAGCAUUCUGUGGUGUUGUUUAUGUUUUUAAAUAAGUGGUUUAAUAACAAAAUUCUGUUACGUUAAUUCGGUUGUUAAAUAGAUAUUUGACUUGUUGGAUUGUACAUUUUCUUGAAUGUUAAAAUGACUUUUAUGAACUUGGCUAGCUAUCUACAGAUUGUGGAUCGUGCGUGGAGAUCCUGCGACGGCUUCAAAUUAGCCGCCUUUCUGUCAGUACGGCACGACCAUGCAAAAUACAAAAAUUAUCAUAUUGAAAAUCCACAAACCAUAGUGGAAAAGUUUUUGUCACCUCCCAUGGAUGAACUUGUUAUCUACCAUUUGAAAUGUCUUUACGCCAUAAGUAAAGAAGAUUACUUAUCGGCGUACCAGCAACAGAGCUCUCUAACGCAAUCCUUCACCAGAAUUUUGCAGUCUCAAAAAGAAGAAAAUUGGUCAUUACCUCUUAUGUCUGCCAUUUGUUCUGAUUUAAGACUGAUUGCCCAACAAGCUGAAAAACAAAGAUUUGGAGUUACAGAGAAACCUGGAGAAUAUUUGGAGAAAGCUGCUGAAUGCCUUAUGGGUUGUUUUAGAAUUUGUGCGGCUGAUAAUCGUACAGAUGAAAGAGACACUAAAAGAAAGGGUAUGAUGGCGCUUGUGAAUCAAUUAUUUAAAGUGUAUUUUAGAAUUAAUAAACUCCAUUUGUGUAAACCGCUGAUUAGAGCUAUCGAGUCUAACCCUUUUAAGGAAUCUUUUUCAUUAAGUCAGCAAAUUACUUACAAAUACUUUGUAGGAAGAAAGGCAAUGUUUGAUAGUGAUUAUAAAACAGCUGACCAAUAUUUGACUUAUGCAUUUGAGAAUUGCCAUAAAGCGUCCCAAAAAAAUAAAAGAUUAGUUUUGAUAUAUUUAGUACCAGUCAAAAUGUUAUUAGGGUACAUUCCCAGCAAGAAGGUCCUUGAAAAAUAUAAUGUUACCGAAUUUUGGGAUUUGGUUCAAGCUGUAUGCCAGGGUAAUUUGAAAUGGUUUGAUGAAAUUAUGGAAAUCCAUGAAACCUUUUUUAUCCGUUGCGGCAUUUAUCUGAUUGUUGACAAACUUAAAAUAAUAGCAUAUAGGAAUCUUUUCAAAAAGGUUUAUCUAAUUUUGAACACUCAUCAAAUUCCAGUUGAAGCCUUAAAAACUGCCCUUGAAUGGUUGGGCCAAGAUGUAGAUUUAGACGAAACACAGUGUAUUGUAGCCAAUUUGAUAAAUGAGGGUAAAAUUAAAGGGUACAUCUCUCACCAGCAUAGAAAAGUUGUAGUUAGUAAACAGAACCCAUUUCCCCCAUUAACAACCACAUAA